CAAUGGACAUUCGGGUGCUUUCAUAAAUUCACUCUGGCUAUCUACUCCAAAUUCAGAGCACUCUCGUCUGAGUGUACCUGAGCGCAGUGUUUAACUAUCCCUGUAAACACGCUGGAGGAUUCAGUAUCCAUUGAAGAGCUUGAACGAUUCAUUGACGAGAGAUACUUACGAACUCAAAGAAAUGUCGCUGGUUUCAGAGGAUUCCAGCAUCAUCGUUGUUAAGGACAACCAACCCAAUCAACAAAACAAAACCAAGUUGGCCAAUAGGUAUCAGCGAUGGAACCAAACCAUCCCCUAGUAAGAGGGCGAGUGGGGAGAGGUUUACUGAUAUGGAUGUUGACUUGGAUAUAUUACGAGAGGACAUCAAUGCAUUAUGUGCCAGUCUAGAAUUCAGCCAACGUCAGAUUGAUGAUCUAAGGAGAGAGAACACGGAGCUGAAAGGAGAGAGACGUGACUAUUGUGGAUCCUCUGGGGAGCCUCAACAACAUCAUGAUGCUGACGAGGCAGAGAAAGGUCUCUCCAGAUCAGAACACCUCAAGAAACACCAGCGAGAACACACAGGAAAGAAACCUCACCACUGUUUUGAGUGUGGGAAGAGUUACUUAAGAUCAAAUUCACUGAAAGUACACCUGAGAAUACACACUGGAGAGAAACCGCAUUGCUGCUCUGACUGUGGGAAGAGAUUCACCUCUUCAGUAGACCUUACAAUACAUCAGAGAAUUCACACUGGAGAGAAACCUUAUGGCUGUGAUCAAUGUGGGAAAAGUUUUACUCAGCCAAGCAACCUGAAAUCACACCAGAGAAUACACACAGGAGAGAAACCAUAUAGCUGUAAUCAAUGUGGGAAGAGUUUUAUUCAGUCAAGCAGCCUGAUAGUACACCGGAGAACACACACAGGAGAGAAAUUGUAUAGCUGUAAUCAGUGUGGGAAGAGUUUCACUCAGUCAAGCAGCCUGAUAGUGCACCAGAGAACACACACAGGAGAGAAGCCAUAUAGCUGUACUCAAUGUGGGAAGAGUUUUGUUACAUCUGGCUGUCUGAAGACACACCAGAGAACACACACAGGAGAGAAACCUUAUAGUUGUGAUCAAUGUGGGAAGAGUUUUACUCAGCCAAACAGCCUGAUAGUACAUCUGAGAACACACACUGGAGAGAAAUCUUAUAGCUGUGAUCAAUGUGACAAGAGGUUCUCCGAUAAAAGAUUUCUGAUCAAACAUCAGAAAAUACAUGAAGGAGUUGUUUCAUGAUAUCAAUGACAUAAUGUCACAAUGUAGAAUGUUUUAACAUUGUAGAAGGAGUAUUUUAAUGAUGUCACAAUGUAGAAUCCUAAACGUUUGUCCCCUGUUCUAUUGAUUUCAACAUGAUAUGGAUAUUAGCCUCAGGGGAAAAUACAGGCUCUGAAUUGGAAGAGUACCGUUUAUGAGAUUUAACAAAAAGUGUUGUGUAAGACUUACCACGUUGGCCAAAUCAAAAUGUAACACUUCAAAAUGUAGCUAGCUGUCUUCUUCAGGUUGUCCUCUAACCAGUGAGGUAAAAGAUAUCUCCCUUUUCCAUGUGUUUUUUUAGUUGUGUUAGUUUCAACAACAGUACAACCUGAUUUCACCCCUAAUCGAUAUCAGUGAUUUAUUGCUACUUGUCAAAACAACAGUUUUGGUGCUUGUGCAGUUUAUAAGGACCUUGUUUAAAAAAUACAAGUAAUAUGAUUAUUGUGGCAGAUGUUUGUGUAAAUAGUAUGGCCCAUUUUAUGUUUGGGUUUUCAAUAUAUCACAAACUGUUUCUGCAUUUUGGUUAUUGAUUUGGACACGUUAAAACUGUGUUUGACAUUGGGGCUAUCCCACCUAGCAACAUGUCAUUGAAAAGACGUUGAAAAGAAGACAAGGCCUGACAUUCAAUAUACGUUCGGUUUUAGUUGAAAAUAUGUAUUUUCAGGUCGUUUGACUUGAAAACAACUUAAUUUCAACUUUCUUGCAGCCUAUACACAUGGACGUAUAAUAUAUUGUAUAUAAUAAAUUGGUCAACUAACAAGAAGAGUUCGUUUUAGGAAGACGAGAGUUAUAGAAGCUAGUGAGUUUUUUCAGAAAUUAAGAUUGUAGAAAAAUAUAUAUAUUUAGAAAUGUGUUUUUUCCUGUUUUUAAUUGUUGACAGCCAGUAGACACCAUGUUUAUAUUGUAGGAGGUGAAGCAUUGUAGUUGAUUAUAAUGUGAAAUGGAAGUUGUUUUCUGUUGGUGGUGAGCAAACUUGUCCAACAAAAAACAUUGGAUAAAUGUGUUGUCAUAAGGGGGACGGUGUUACAGGCUUUGGUUUUUCCAUUUAUGUUUUGAGGUUGGACGCUAGCACGUAUAGCUUGUUAGCACGUAGUGCUCGUUAGCACGUCUAGCUCGUUAGCCCGUACAGCUCGUUAGCACGUAGGACGCACUGAUUGGUGUCACCUCGUUAGUCAGUAUGUGUUACACCUGUGCUUGCUUGUCUAUCUCGUUAGUGGGAAGGUGUUUCACCUGAGCUGGUCCAGGUUCUAUUUAAGAGUGUCUGGCCCAGUGCUCCAGUUGUCUUGAUACAUGUGGAGAGUCAACACCUUUAGUUGCGCCACCUUUUUGGUUUGCUUCCUGUCUUUAAGUUUGGUGUGGGUUUUUCUUUUGUUUUCCUCUUCUUGGGCAGAUUUAGUGGGUCUCAUGGUGGGUGUCUUUUAUGUCCCAGUUGUUGUUACUAGUCAACUUUCAGUGGACACCCCCAUAGUGUCUUUCAGAUCCUCUCCUAAAACCCCACCUGUUUAGUUGUGGUUGUUGUCAGUGAUUCUUUGUUAGUUCUCUUUUCUAUUUAAGUGACAUUACUGGGGGGGUUUUUGCUGGGGAACGUAACAACAAUGUGGUAAAACAAGCUUAUAUUUUGGGUUGGAUGUUGCAUCCAAUUAUUUUAAUCAAUGGAAUUUUCUUAGAAUGAUCACUAGUCUUUCAGUUGUUAAUCUAAAUAUUUGUUUUUUCCUGUGAAGCCAUUGCGUUGCAUCCAUGUCUGAAAUGUGCUGUAUAAAUAAAGCUUGAUUUGAA